AUGAAAUGUAGCUGUUGCAUCAGUUUAAAUACAAUACCCAUUCCUAUUCCUCAGUCAUUGUGCACUAACAGUUGUCCUGCAGGAUACAGAAAGGUACCAGAACCAGGCCAACCUAUCUGCUGUUUCAACUGUGUUGAAUGUUCCCAUGGAGAAAUUUCUAACCAGAGUGAUUCUGUUGUCUGCAUUAAGUGUCCCAGUGAUGAAUGGUCUAAUGAAAAGCAAAACAAGUGCAUUAAGAAACUGCCUGAAUACCUUUCUUAUGAAGAUCCCCUUGGGGAAACUUUAGCAGGAAUUGCCACAUUCACAGCUAUGGCUACUGCUGUUGUCUUUGCUAUCUUUCUAAAGUCUCAUAACACUCCUGUUGUCAAAGCAAACAACUGUGAACUCAGCUAUAUCCUCCUGAUAAGCCUUGUACUGUGCUUCCUCUGUUCAUUGAUCUUCAUUGGUCGACCCACCCACCUGACCUGCAUAUUUCGCCAAGUAGCUUUUGGCAUUAUUUUUACACUUUCUGUGUCUUGCGUUUUAGCCAAAACUCUUGUAGUGGUCAUUGCUUUCAAAGCUAGUAAUCCAAACAGCAAUCUAAGGAAAUAUGUUGACCCCAGAUUUCCAAAAAUUUUAGUUAUGCUUUGUACACUUAUCCAAGUAUUAAUAUGUUUCAUCUGGCUAAUUCUCUGCCCUCCAUUCCAGGACAAUAACACAACUUCUGUAACAGGGAAAAUCAUCAUUGAAUGCAAUGAAAGUUCAACCACAGCAUAUUGGUGCAUGUUGUCUUAUAUGGGCCUAUUAGCCACUAUAAGCCUUGUAGUAGCAUUUUUGUCUAGGAACCUCCCAGACAGCUUUAAUGAGGCUAAAUAUAUUACAUUCAGUAUGCUGGUUUUUGUCUCUGUGUGGGUGUCAUUCAUCCCAGCCUAUCUAAGCAUACGAGGAAAGUACAUGGUUGCUGUGGAAGUGUUUGCCAUUGUGUCCUCUGGUGCUGGUCUGCUGGUUUGUAUAUUUACUCCCAAAUGUUACAUUAUUUUGCUUAGGCCUGACAAGAACACCAGAAAUUACCUAAUGGGAAAAGUGCACAUAAUAACUGAAAAUAUUAAAUAA